AGGAUCUCAAUAGUGCGUUUCAAUGUGCACAACUUCUGCGUUGACAGACAGGCACAAAGACUGCAAUGAAGAUUUGACAAAUUCGUAUUAGGUGUUCCGACUGGUAUAGCGGUUCUGUACCAUGUAUCAAGGUUUGUUAGUCAUGAGAAAGUUCCUGUUUGUUGGAAUAGUUGUUGCUGCAGUACUUCAUUUCAUACUUCAUUUAUGUUUUCAAAAGAAAAUCUUCUUCACAUCCAUUGUGCCCAUACAAGAGACUUGCACAGGACUCAAAUCAUCGACUGCAGACACCGUGAACUAUGCACUAAGGUUUCCAACUGACACAAACACAGAAUUCAAGUCUUGUUACAAUGCAAAAUUCCAUCUCAUUUUGAAUGCGUCCAAUAUAGAGCCAUUUAUGUGUGAAGACUACAGGAGGAAGUAUGAAAUGCUUGGCAGCAACAGAUUAGAACUACCUUACGGAACACGGAGAGGAGAUAGAUAUUUUGAUACGGCUCUGAGGAAACUUCCCAAGUGUGACCUCCCAGAUGAAAUCAGAAAUAUUUCCUGCAAGAAAUGUGUUGUGGUUGGAAAUGGUGGUGUGCUUCGAAACAGCACAUUAGGCAAGAAAAUUGAUAGCUAUGAUGUAAUAAUAAGGAUGAAUGAUGGUCCUGUUCUAGGAUAUGAGGAUGAUGUUGGGCAAAAAACUACUUUCCGGCUUUGCUACCCAGAGUCAAUUUUCUCAGAUAGCUCACACUAUGAUCCAAACACCACUGUGGUAGUCAUGAUGUUCAAACCACAUGAUGUUAAAUGGCUGUCAGAUUUACUACUUCACCGAAAAGUGUCUUACACCUCCUCAAGACUGUUAGUAUAUUAUCCUAAAGCUGACAUAAAG